CGGAGCGAGAGAGAAGGGGAAAAAUCAAAAGAGGGAAAGCACAUUAGACCAUGCGAGCUAAAUUUGCGAUCGUUCAAAAUCAGGAUGUUAGAUUAAUGCAGAAGACCACUUCGAUCCACAGGGAAAGUUUUCAUCUCACGAGUUUGGAGCAGAGGGCCCGUGGGGCAACAUGGCCGAAGCAGGGGCGAGUAAAGGUGGAGACGAGCCCGGGAAGUUGCCGGAGCAGGAAGAAGAGGAGGAAUCCCAGGUUUUGCACGGAACCGGCCAUUGCAAAUGGUUCAAUGUGAGAAUGGGCUUCGGGUUCAUCUCCAUGAGCAACCGAGAGGGAAGCCCCUUGGAGUCUCCAGUUGAUGUCUUUGUACACCAAAGCAAGCUUUACAUGGAAGGAUUUAGAAGCCUAAAAGAAGGAGAACCAGUGGAAUUUACUUUUAAGAAAUCUUCCAAAGGCCUUGAAUCAAUACGGGUAACAGGCCCUGGUGGGAGCCCCUGUUUAGGAAGUGAAAGACGACCCAAAGGGAAGACAGUACAAAAAAGAAAACCAAAGGGAGAUAGAUGCUACAACUGUGGUGGCCUCGACCACCACGCUAAAGAAUGUAGUCUACCUCCGCAGCCAAAGAAGUGCCAUUACUGUCAGAGCAUCAUGCACAUGGUGGCGAACUGCCCCCAUAAAACUGUCUCGCAGCAGCCCGCUAGUUCUCAGGGAAGACACGAAGCUGAACCGCAGCCUUCCACUUCUGCUGUCCCAAGAGAAGGGGGAGGAACGCACGGCUACUCGUCUCCAUCGUACUCUCAGGAAGGCAGGUCGGAGAUCUCGGAGCGCUCGGGCAGGUCACCACAGGAAGCUUCGGCAAGUAAGUUGUCUGCGUCGCCCGAAGAACCGAGCAGAAAGGGGCCUUCUGUUCAGAAAAGGAAAAAAACUUAAAGCGUUUGUCAUAACUUUCAAUUUUCUUUAUCCUCUUGGGAUGUCUACCUCAUGCAAGUACAGGGGAAAUAAUUUCAUUAUCAGUAGCUGACCUGGAAUUUUAACUACUGUUGAGGAACUGUGAAUUUUUUUUUUUUCUUUGAUAGACAAAUCACUCCAAGCAAAAUACAUUUGAGCAGGGUGCAUUACGUUUUACCUUCUGUGUGUGUGUGUAUGAGUGUGCACGCGCGUGUGUGUAUGUGUACAUAUCUAUAAAUAUUUUUUUUCCAUCAGACCACUCUCCAGCUCCCACAAGACAUUACUGUGAAGCAAUAGGCACAAUACCCACAAAAGUUCCUGAACUCAUUCCUGGAAUGUAUUUCCAAAUGUGUUAAAAAAAAAAAAAACCAAACAAGAAAACCCAAAAAAUCUCACUCAAAAAAAUCCAAACCAAACCUGAAAAACCACACGCAGAACUGAGAUCAAGACUGUUACUUCUCUUAUGAACCAAAGGAUACUUUCAUAUUUUAAAGCUGCCAUAUGGUACUAAAGAUACUAAGACAUCCCCCAUGCCAUCAAUUUGAGUUAUUUUCUUUCUCAUCUCCACAAAGUAUCAAAAGCCCCUCCCCGUGCCCAUGCAGUGUCAUGACUCAAUGUGUCUCUUGUUGCCACCAUCCUUUGCUGGUUGAGGAGUUUAAAAGCUCCAGAAAAGACAAUGAAUGUGUAGUUUCUGUGCUGGUUUCUCAAAAUGUUUUGUUAAAUUAAUAUGGUUGUAACUGUAAUUUAGAUGAUUGUUGUGUAGGGGAGAAGGUGUAAGUUGUUACUGAACAGACCCUUUGGAGUGGUAUCAGGAUACCAUCCUGUUUAACCUUUUGUAUUCUGUGACCAUUUAGGGGACCUUGGUGGCAGUAGUAGCAGCAGCAGCAGCAACUUCUCUUGGUCCCAAGUAGUGCCCCUCAAUUUGAAGGGACUUCCCCCUUGUUUUCUGUUGAAAUGCCAUGGAGAGAACUCCCUAGGGUUUUUUGUUCUUGUCUGUUUUGGUUUUAAAGAAAACGAAAUGCAAAGCUAAUGAGAUCCUGGAAUAAAUAGUUUCUUAAGAAUAAAGGUAGAUGGGUACCUGGGGUUGCUCAGUCAGUCUCCCGUGCUGAUGGUACAGCAUGUGUACAGCCAAGGACAGGUGUCUGCUGCAGGGAAGCCUGAGUGAAGGGACCUGCAAAUUUUCCAGAAGCCCUGGGCGUCAUCUGCUGCUUGUGAUUUGGAGACUGUUGCUGACCAGCCUUGGUCCAGAGUGAGCUGGGACCACACACUAGUGCAUUAAAGAGGAGAAAGAUUGGUGGCCUCAGAGCGAGACUCCCUGGGCUGCAGCCCUUGCUCGGGGUUAAUAGAGUUGGAGCCUAUCAAAACUUCAAGUCGCUUUCCAUUUGUAACUUCUGAAUUACCAAGUCAUACGUAAGAUAACGUACUUUGACAAAUCCCAUUGCGGAUGUAAGUUAAUUAGAGAAACCUGUAUAAUCCUUAACAUUGGCAAUAAACACAGGCUGUUAAAGCUUGAAAGAGUCAGGUAGGUUUAAGCUCGGAUAAUCAAACGAAGGAAACAGCCUGCACGAAAGGCUGCGGAGAGCCAAAGUCCUACCCGUGGCAGCUCUUUGGCAGCCAACGGCUACCACAGGUACGUGGCUGGCUCCCUACACAGCCUCCCCCUUCCCACUCGUCCUGCCAGAGGAGACUUUUACUGUUGCUGC